AAGCCGGAAGUUAUGGAGGAAGAGCUUAGUCGGAACCAAUUGCGUGGCGCCUGAGGGUGUCGGCGCGGUCCGUGGGGGCGCUGAAGAGAGCGGUUACCGCCAUGAUAGAACAGCAGAAGCGUAAAGGUCCGGAGUUGCCGCUGGUCCCAGUUAAGCGGCAGCGGCAUGAGUUGCUAUUGGGAGCGGCGGGGUCGGGCCCGGGAGCGGGGCAGCAGCAGGCGACGCCGGGAGCUCUGCUGCAAGCGGGACCUCCAAGGUGUUCCUCCCUUCAAGCCCCAAUCAUGCUGCUCUCAGGACAUGAAGGGGAAGUAUACUGCUGCAAGUUUCACCCCAAUGGAUCCACCUUAGCAUCUGCAGGAUUUGACCGACUGAUACUAUUGUGGAAUGUCUAUGGUGACUGUGAUAACUAUGCCACAUUGAAGGGACACAGUGGAGCAGUGAUGGAACUGCAUUAUAACACAGACGGCAGUAUGCUCUUCUCAGCAUCCACCGAUAAAACUGUGGCAGUGUGGGAUAGUGAAACAGGCGAGAGAGUUAAAAGGCUAAAGGGGCAUACUUCCUUCGUGAAUUCCUGUUAUCCAGCUAGGAGGGGCCCCCAGCUUGUCUGCACUGGCAGUGAUGAUGGUACAGUUAAGGUGAGUAUUCUCUGUCUGUGUUGUAGUGGCUCCUCAGUAAAACCAGGCCACAGUGAUUACUCCAAAGGCAAAGGGUUGGACCUGCUGACCACUUGA